GUAAUACCACCACAAGUACGACAACUACUUACUUUUCUACAUACAAUAUUAGCACGAGAAGCUGACCCAUCGUAGUGGUAGACUGCGGUAUGUUACAAUCAGUCUAGAGCUAAACGUUGCCUUAGACAGUCUUCAAAACACUGUCAACGCGGAAGAAUUUAUGCAAAACUAAUCACAAUCAAAUAAGAAUUGAUUUAAAACGAGUGACAGUUUUUAUUAACUUAAACAGAAAAUAAUCAUAAUAAAAUAAAUAUUACGAGCAAAAGGUGUGUAUUUUAAAAAAUCGUGCAAAGAAUAAAUUUGUUCAAUUUGACUAACAUCUUUAUUACUUUUAAAGUUGUUAUAGUCUUUUUUUUAAACAUUUAAACAAGAAUUGCGCAAAAAACGAAAUAUAUCCCAUUUAACGAAAUAAAAAAAGAGUCCAAUAAAACUCUUAAACCUGUUAAACGUGUGCAAAUUGUAAAAAAAACAUAAAAAAAAUUUGUUAGAAAUACCCAGAAAAAAAUAUUCAUACAAAAAUUCAUAAAACACGGAAAUUAAAAAGAAAAUUUAUUGCAAAAAUAAAAAAAAAAAAUAUAUGAAUUAAAUGCUUAAUAAAAAGAAUAUAUAAAAAUAAAUAAAUAUCCUUUUUCAAGGAUAGCAAUUUUAAACGACUAUUGCACACAGCUAUACAGAUACAACCAUAUCAUAAUUCAAGAACAGAACAGCACCAGUCCAAACAAUAUUUCGGUCCUCUCCAUUACACUCUGUGCAACAUACAAACAUAUUUUUGGAUUGCCAACGCUGACAACAACAAUUGAAUUGGCCUGCUUAGCAUCAAUUGCAGCAAUAACUUCAACACUUGACAAGACAACAUAAAUGAACAAGAAGUUAAACAUUCACAUAAAAUUGUCGUGAGAAGCAAAAAAUUGCAAAAGCACAACAAACUGCAAAUAGCAAAAAAUAUAGACAACAUACAAUCCAUAUAUUCGGAAAAAUAAUACUUACAACAUAGACAAUUUGGGCAUAAAGUAUAAAAAGAUCAGGAACAACAACUAAAGUUACAAAAACGCAUACAUUGAUACAUACUCGUUUCGCCACAAUUGUCAUAUUCAUGUUUUUGAACUCUAGCCAUACAUUUGCUGGAGAAAUAAGAAGAAACCCCCUCAACAACAAAGCACUUGUGUGUUAAGAAAUAUUCCAAUAGAAACAGAGCAAAAGUUGUAAAUAAGCACUUUGCAAACAUUGUUGAACUAUAGUCUUAUUACAUGCAACAGUAGCAGUAGCAACUCACACACAUUUCACUUGGUUUAAAGAUAAAGAGUGCUGGCUGUAUCUUAUUUUUAAUACGCAAUACUCUGUGAUUUAUAGUCAAAUAUAACGAGAAGCAACAAUAACAAUAACAACAACAACAACUAGAAACCGGAAAAAAGUACUACAAUUCUUGUGCAAACGGAAAUAAAAGAAAAACGCCUCCGGAUAUACUUCAUAACUCUCUUGUGUUCUAGCUGCCCUCUUUGGUUUUAUUGUAUUCAAGAAUUUGAAACAAUUUCAAGAACAUUUGUAAAUUGUAACCAAAUUAAAAAAAACAAACACACAGUUACACACAAAUAUUUGAAACAUGGAUGCUGAAACAGAAGGAGUUCAACCCGUUCAAGCAGCAAGUGCUGCCUCAAAUCCCGAAAAUGAUUUAGCUGCACGUCGUCGCCUGUUUAUGUCACAGCCAUCGACAUUGGCCUCAAGGCGUCAGCAAGCCGUAUGUGUACGUCGUGCCCAUAAAAUGUAUGGCAGUUCCAAGAAUCCAAAUGUUGUACUCGAUGGUCUAAAUAUGACUGUACAAAAAGGCUCCAUUUAUGGUCUCUUGGGUGCAUCUGGCUGUGGCAAAACCACAUUAUUAUCCUGCAUUGUGGGCAGAAGACGUUUGAAUUCUGGUGAAAUCUGGGUAUUGGGUGGUCGGCCAGGCUCUAGGGGUUCAGGAGUGCCUGGACCUAGAAUUGGUUAUAUGCCACAGGAGGUGGCUUUAUAUGGUGAAUUUACUAUGAGGGAAACAUUAAUCUACUUUGGUUUAAUUGCUGGCAUGUCCCGCAGCGACAUUGAAGACAGAACUGAGUUUUUGUUGAAGCUUUUAAAUAUGCCAAAUGGUUCGAAAUUCGUUAAAAAAUUAAGUGGUGGCCAACAGCGUCGCAUGAGUUUGGCAGUGGCGUUGCUGCAUGAGCCGGAAUUGUUAAUUUUGGACGAGCCCACGGUGGGUGUUGAUCCGGUGUUGCGUCAAAGCAUAUGGGAUCAUCUAGUGGAUAUAUGCAAGAAUGGUAACACAACUGUGAUAAUUACAACACAUUACAUCGAUGAGUGUGCCCAAGCGCAUGUGAUUGGUUUAUUGCGCGGUGGCAGAAUGUUGGCAGAAGAAUCACCAACGUUUCUAAGGCAACAAUACAAUGCCGAAUCCUUGGAGGAAGUCUUCUUAAAGCUAUCUGUGCUGCAAAAUAUGGGCAAACGCAGAAGAUCAUCCAUAGCUACGGAAAUAGUUGAACAGGUGGCGGUGCCGGCUAUUUCCAAUCCAGCCUUAGAUUUAUCGGACGAACAAAAUCCUGCUGAAAUUUCGGGAGAAUUUGGUGACAAUAUUUCCAUGUCUUCGGCUAUACGCGAUCCCAUCUCAUCGCAAGCCGCCCCAGCACCUCCAUUGCCGCCAGAGCAAGCCAUACCCGCUUCCUUCUGGUACAAUAUGCAUGUGAUGAGCUCACAUCAUUUACAUGCCUUGAUUUGGAAAAACUUUUUGUGGAUGAUGCGUAAUGUGGGCAUAAUGUUGUUCAUUGUUGGCUUACCUGUUGUCCAGAUUGUUUUAUUCUGUUAUGCCAUUGGUCAUGAUCCUACUGGUUUGAAAAUUGCUGUGUCCAACCAUGAAAUGUCCGAGGAAAUGAUUAUGCAACAAGAUUGUCCUGUACGAAUGGGCUGCAAUCAAACCAUGUUGAGCUGUCGUUAUCUCGAUUUGUUGGUGAAGAAUAAGAGUAUGGUUGUGACAUUUACCAAUACCGAUGAAGAAGCCAAUGAAAUGGUGCGUCGCGGCCAGGCCUGGGGUUCUUUGGUGUUUGCCGAUAACUACACAGAUUCAUUAGUGGAACGUACAGAAAAUGGUCGCUACACAGAUGAUGCCACAGUGGAGUCUUCGGAUCUUAAUGUUAAAUUGGACAUGUCAAACCAACAAAUCUCCACAUUGCUGUAUCGUGAUUUGCAAUAUGCCUUCUUCAGUUUUGUGGAAAAUAUUUUGUCCGAUUGUGAUUUAAAUCCCAAACUAGGUCGUGUCCCGGUCAACUGGCAUCAACCCAUUUAUGGUUUCAAUAAUCCCAACUUUACUGACUUUGCUGCUCCCGGUGUUAUCUUGACCAUUAUCUUCUUUUUGUCGGUGGCCAUUACCUCGGGAGCCAUGUUAAUCGAGCGUAACGAGGGCAUGCUGGAACGUUGUUUGGUAGCUGGCAUUACGGGUCCCGAAAUUCUUUUGGCCCAGGUAUUAACCCAAUUCACGGUGAUGUUCAGUCAAACGGCUUUUGUAUUGCUGGUCAGCUUUUAUUUCUUCGAAUUGACAAUUGUGGGCAAUAUUUGGUUGGUAGUGGGUUUGUGUGUCUUGAAUGGUUUGUGCGGCAUGUGCUUUGGUUUCGUUAUUGCCUGUGCGGUGGACACUGAACGUACUGCUACUUAUGUUGCCAUGGGCUCUUUUCUGCCCAUUGUCAUGUUGUGUGGUAUUAUAUGGCCCGUUGAAGGCAUGUAUCCUUUAUUACAAUUUGUGACGGCCUUCUUGCCUCUCACCAAACCCACUGAAUCACUGCGUUCUAUAUUACAGCGCGGCUGGGACAUGUCAAAUCCCUCUGUUUACAAUGGUUUCAUAUCAAUUUCAGCUUGGGUUUUAGUUUUCCUAAUAUUGACCAUUUUACUUUUGAAAUUCAAGAAGGGUUAAGUUAAACUCAGGGCUUCUUUAAUUAACCAAGUGGUUUUGGGGGGUAAACAUAAACCUUAUCUUUAUUUUUGUUUUGCUUUAAAUAAAUGUAUUUAGUAGUUUGCAUAAAUUUCAUUCAAUUCAUUUAAAAAUUAAUAUUCAAGUCUUAUAAAUUUUGUGUAAUAAUUUAUAAUCUUAAGGGUUACUGUUAAAUAAAAGUAAGACAAUGACAGAUGGACAAACCGUGCCCAUGAAGCAGACCACAAAAAUAAUUUCAAAGUUAUUUGAAACUAUGAAGCUGGAAUUCGUCUGUUUAAUAAGUGUUUUACGUAUUAAUUAAGGGUUUUAUGUUAAUAAUUGUAGUUAUUAGCAGUCAUUUUUAAAAUAUAUGUACAUUAAAAUAAAGUUUGACAAAUACACUGAGAGAAAUAUUUUUAUUAUUAUGUGACUUAAUUGAUGUUGAUGAUAUGCUCUUUAUACUCCUUUUCCAUUACAACUACACAUUUUAAAUUCAUUAUAUUUCCAUGCAUCUAUAAAAACUUUUUCUCGGUGUAUUUAAUUUGAGUUAUAGUUUUAUUCACCAACAUUUUAUUAUUUUUUUUAAAUUAAUAACUUGGUUCGUUAGCUUAAGUUCUCAUUAUUUUAAGUUAUGCUGUCUACUAUUUUUUACAGAAAUUUAUUUAUUUCAUUAAACAAAAUGUCUCUUGUCUAUGUAUUUGGUAGGGUUUUUUAUAAAAAACAAUGUUUUUAUUAUUUCUAAUUAAAGUAGUUUUUAUGAAUUAAUUUAAUACUUAUAUAUAAUAGAUAUACAUAUAUGGCUGUAGUAAUAAUUUCAUUGUGUUGAAAAUAUUGACAAUAAUUUAUAGUCACAUAUAUAAUAAACUUAAAUUUUGUAUCUAUUUUUACUCUUUGUACGGCAAAUAAAAUUUUGUUUUAAAAAAAAUAAAAA